AUGGACGCUGCCCCGUUCUCGACAUUUCCGGAUGCUCUCCGGGGUAAACGGAUCCUACUCUGCACCGAAUCCUUUGGUCCUGUGAACGGCGUGUCCAGGACCACCAUGAUGCUGGUCAACCACCUCCGAACGAACGGCACAAACGUCGUUGUGGUUGCUCCUCACACCGCGGAAUCAACAUUUGUGCCAGAAGGACUUGUCGACGCACAAACCUCGCGCCAGAGGCCUGAGGUCAUCAGGAUCCACGGCUAUCCGUUACCGUUUAAUCCAGAGCUGUCCAUUGUGUAUCCAGCCAGACUCUCCACCCUUUAUAGAAAGUCCUUUGGUUCCGCGCCUGACCUGAUCUACUUGGCCUCGCCUGCAUCGUUGGGGUUCCAGGUAAUGCUUCAACUCAGACAGCAGCCAGCACAAAAGCAAAUCCCCAUCAUCUGCAACUUUCAAACCGACCUCGCAGGUUACUGCGCCAUCCUCUUCCCUUGGCCGCUCAGCAACUUGGCUGUUCUUGCAUUUGCUAGGGUGCAAAGUUUUCUCUUCAACCACAAGAGCGUCCAGACCAUCUUCUAUCCCAGCCGCUUCGUGCGACGCUAUCUAGAGGAGCAACGCGUACAAAGCGACAAGCUGGAGGUCUUGCAGCGUGGGGUGGACACGGAGCUGUUCCAUCCGGCCCGACGCAGCAACAAAUUAAGAGAGGAGAUUGCACCAGCCGGCGAGGUCGUCCUGAUCUGCGUUUCUCGUCUAGCCGGGGAAAAGGGGUUCGGAUUCCUUGCCGAUGCGGCGAGGGCGUUGGAUGCUCGUGGCCUCAAGUUUAAGCUGUACAUUGUCGGAGGUAACCGCAACGCGGCGGUCGAGGCCGAGAUUAAGGAUUCCUUCGGGCCGUCAUUAACAGGCCGAGGGACCGUCAUCUUUGCGGGGUUCCGCGUCGGCGAAGCGCUCGCUGCUGCCUACGCAUCGGCCGACAUUUUCUUGCACUGCUCCACCACUGAAACCUUCGGCCUCGUGGUUCUCGAGUCCAUGGCAAGCGGGGUACCCGUCGUGGCACGGGACGAGGGCGGCCCCAGCGACAUUGUGCGAGACGGAGAGACGGGAUACCUGACGCCGCCGGCUGACUUGACGGCCUUUGUGGAUCGCGUCAUGGUUCUGACCAAGGACGCUGGCCUACGGGAGCAACUUGGUAGAAAUGCACGAGCACAGGCUGAGCAGGCAACAUGGGAGAGAAUCAAUAAUAAAGUUGCCUGGCGGAUGGUGGAAACCAUUGCUAGGCAUCAGAAAGGAAGAUCCCAGGCUGGGUUACCGCAAAACCACAGUUCUCAAGCACAGGCAGAGGAGGGUCUCGGACCGACGACGACGACGCCAUUGAUGGAGCGGUCCAUGCCGCGGUCCAUGCCGACAAACAUUUUGCAAGGUCAACUUGCCAAUGCGCGGCUUGCGGCUGGGAUGGUCGCCAUCUCUCUGACUUGGGUUGUCGUGGGGGCAUAUUUAGUCUUCAUUAAAGUCGGCUUUUGGAUCAAGGCCGCCUCGACGCGCUGUUUGCCCCGGCAUGGAACAGGAUUACAGGAGAACACGUUUGCCUCUAUGUGA